GUCAGCAGCAGAAGCAGCAGCAUCUUCAGACGCAGCCUGAGACCUCAGAGCAGAGAAGGUGCCUCCGACUCCCGACUUCCGCAAGCUGCCAGAUAGUCUCCCACAGAGGCCAUCUUCCCUCUCCCCCCCCCCCCCACUGACUUUUCCUCUUUUCUUACCCAUUAGCUUCUUCUCCCGGUGGACUUAAGUCCACUCUGCUCCCCCUCCCUUUGGCUGCUCGCCUACUCUCUCUUCUACAUCUCUCUCCUCGCCCACUUCCUUCGGUGUCACGCUCCCUCCUAGUUUUGUGCGUCUACAAAGUUUUGAGCGGAAUUUUAGCCUCGGCAAACAAGUCUCCCCAGCUCCUUCAGCUAAUUCCCGCGGCUUCUCUCCAGACACCAGCUCCAGACAGUGACUGAUGCUUCUCGGGUUGUGAUUCCAGCGCAGAAACUCGAAGGAGCCUUUGCCCGCUGUCCUACUUAGUCAACCCUUUCCUAGACACCAAUGACCAUGUGUAGCGGAGCAAGGCUGGCCCUGCUGGUGUAUGGGAUAAUAAUGCAUAGCAGUGUCUCCUGUUCACCUGCCGCCGGACUCAGCUUCCCUGGGAUCAGACCAGAAGACGAGGCUUACGACCAGGACGGAAACCCGCUGCAAGACUUCUAUGACUGGGACCCUCCCGGCGUGGGGAGCCCCGCCUCCGCGCUGCGUGACGCUUACGCCCUUUACUAUCCAGCGGACAGGAGGUACAACCCGCCCGGCUUCCGCCUGUGGCUUGGGCCUAACCUGGCAGAAGGGACCGGAGAUGUCGCCCACGAAAUCCUUAACGAAGCCUAUCGAAAAGUCUUGGACCAGCUGUCCGCCAGGAAGUACCUGCAGUCGGUCGUGGCCAGGGGCGCGGGGGAGAACCUAGGCGGCAGCGCGGUGGACGACCCGGCGCCCCUUACCAAACGCCACUCGGACGGCAUCUUCACAGAUAGCUACAGCCGCUACCGAAAACAAAUGGCUGUCAAGAAAUACUUGGCGGCCGUGCUAGGGAAAAGGUAUAAACAGAGGGUUAAAAACAAAGGACGCCGAAUAGCAUACUUGUAGCAGAUCAGCUGCCGGCUACCUUGUGUAUAAAAUGAAAAGUCGUUUUCCAAAUUGACUGACCAGUCAUCACUCGUGUUCUUUCCAAACAUGUAUUUAUGUAUCAAGUAAAGCCAUUAAAUGACUAUUUUGAUAAUAAUAUUGUUUUUCUUUUUAUGAAGCACUAGAGAAUGCACAGAUAUACUUUGUGGACCAAUUAUUGAUAUAUAUUAUAAGUAUAUAUAUUAAGAAUAUAUAUAAGUAUAACAGAGAGCAAUUAAGAUGGGUGCACAAGGAUUGAAAAUUCGCCUGAGCUGUUUAUGUUUUUAUAUAAAGUAAAUAGAGAAAAUAGACAACCAUUGUUUUGAAUAUUACUCCUAUUUUUGUAAACUGGAAUUAAAGGAUAGUAUUUUUAUCCACAACCGUCUUGAAGAUACCAAUAAUGGCCAUUUGUACAAAAAACAAUGAUGCCCUGCUCCAGGGGAAUUCUGAGGUAAUGACUUGGGGAAUUGCUGAAGGGCUUUCUUUCCCUCUGAGUCUGGGGCAGGCUGCUUGAACCCCAGCCUAACUAACUCAAGUGGGCAUUGUCCCACUGGUUGCAGGGGCAAUUCCAACAAUUUCAGUUUCUUUGAUUAUGUGUAUUUGUCUCUCCUCAGACUCUCAGCCCAGAAGGAAAUUCUAAUUAAACAACAGCUCUAUCCAAAUUGUGCUUCUCCCCAGAACUCAUGUCAUUCCCUGAUAGAAGAGUUGAGGAACUGUACAGAAGAGACAGGCUUGGAGAGAGAGCUCUCUUUUCUGUACUUCCUGAUUCUCCAGGGAACAGACUAUUCUAAGGCUAGGGCAAUUGGAACAAAGUGAAAGAUAUAUAAGGGAUUGGUAAAGGCAGAACAUGGGGAUUUGAGAUUUGAGAGUUGCCUCAGGUCUGAGAAUCUGGGGGCAAGUCUAGCUCCUCUGUAGGUUCCACUGCCUGACAGAUCAGGUGCUGGUGUUGGAAUGAAUGCAAAGUACAAUGUGUUUUUCUCCAGUGCUGUUCAUGCUUUUCAUGUUGUGAAAUGGCCAGGAUCCUCCCCUUUGAACACUGUUCUGCAGAAGCCAGCUCUGUUCUUUGUGGAUUUUCUGGAGACCCUCCUUCCUACCCUUGCCCUCAUGCAUUGUUUUAGAGUCAUUUGCCAUUUUCCACUCACUUAUCUUAAAUUUGUGAAUGCUAGUUAUUUUUUGUUGUUGUUUGAUGCAAGCAGUUACUGUGAAGUUUAAGAACCCCUGUGUAGCUUCCACAGAGAAAUUAUGCACUAAAUAUGAACCUUUUGUUUCUUGUUUAUUGAGUUUGUAGGUAAAAAUGUAUUUUUCUAUAUUAUGGCUUAUUGCUUAGUAAAAUUUAUUUCAUAAAACCAAUCUUUGUCAUAUUAGAAUGUGUAGUGUUCCAAUGCUGCUCAGUUUGACUGAUAAAUCAUUUAAACCCCAUCUUCAUAUGUAUGAGUACUAUCUUAUAUUUGUUCUUAAGAGUGAUGGAAGGAGGAUCCCACACCCCACCCUUGUAUCCUGUCUUGGCUAAAAAAAGCAUGUCUGUUUCUUGUCAAUUUCUUGAUAAACAAAAGAACCUUCACCUACUAACCAGAUCAAGCAGCAACAAACCAGCCAGCCUCCCAAAUUUUAGGCACAAAUUAAAAACAACAAAACAAAACAACAAAAAAAAACAACAAAACCAAAAAAAGAAAAAAAAAGAAAAAAACACAUUAGUUUGUAAAGUUUAAAGGACUUUUCCUUUUUCCUGUACAGAUUUGAUUAGUAUGAAGUCAGGCAUCUAAGAAAACAACUGUAUUUGCAUUCCCAGGUGGGUGGAUGGAUGCUGCCGCAGAUCACAUUGCAAACAGAGAAAGCAAGCAGACACUUGAUUUCAGCCUGUGUCCAGCUACAGGAUCAAUCUUUAACUCUGCAGUCUCCUCAGGCAUUGUGACCCGGGAUGCAGUUUGCAGCUUUAGUGCCUUUCUUUGCCUUUUAAAUCGCCACGAAUCACUGAUGGCUAUUUAGUGGCCCUACAAUGCUGCAACACAUCGGCUUGCGUUUUAGUCUUAGUUAUUUGUUUCUUGGGUAAUUGUUUGUGUCAGCUGUUAGUGGUGAAACUGGGCUCUAGUGAACCUUUUAUUUAUGAAGUCUAACUUAGUGUUCACGUGGCUAGUGGCAAGCAUUUUACAGUGAUCACCCAAUUUAAUCUUUUGUAUAUUUUUUAGAAAUGCCAAGAGCCUUACUAAACUGGAACAGAUUUAUGAUAUAGUGAUGAUUUAGGUAGAUGUUAGUCUUGAAGCUCUUAUUUUGUGUGCAACUGAUUAUACAAACAUAUUAACCAAGCAUUAUUACACACAUAAUAUCUAUAACUAGGACUUUGAUAACUGUUAUAUAAAGUGUGUAAAAUUUGUAUGAAUAAAUUUUUGUAAACAA